AUUUCAUUGAUUUCUAGGGUAUUGUAUGAUAAAUGAAAUAGUACUUGUGUUGUGUUGUUGCUUGUAUUGCAUUGAAUAUGAUUAAAUAUUGAUAGGAUUAAAUAUUAAUAGGAUUAAAUAUUGAUAGGAUGUUAUAUGAUAGAUGAAAUGUUGCUUGUGUUGGAUGAUUUAUAGGUACUAAAAAUAUCGAAUUCGUAAGAAAUGUCUUGGCACCAUCGAGUGUGGAUGUAUGAUAGGUUGAAUCCAACAAGAGGGGGUAUUAAACCUGAGUUUUAUGACAAGGUUGAGGAGUUUAUAGAAAUAAUUAGUAAGUUAGAUGUUGUGAAGUCGGAAGGAAAGUGUAGAUGUCCAUGCGUUAAGUGUAGAUGCACAAAUUAUAAAGAGCUGAACAUUAUUAAGAUGCAUUUGUGGGAAAAGGGGUUUAUGCCAAAUUAUUGGAUUUGGACAGAACAUGGAGAGAUUGACGACAUAGGGAUUAAUCAGACGGGAUUCAAUAAUUGUGGGGAAGGUGGUUCAGGAAGUGGUGCAAAUGUGGAAGAAUGUGAUAUGUAUGACAUUAGCUAGGAAAACAACUCCAGAAGGUAUCAUGAAAUGGUUUUCGAUUCUGCUGGUCCAGAAGAUCCUCAUGUAGAGGCUAAAAACUUUUUUGAUCUUCUUGAGGCAGCUCAAAAACCUUUGUGGGAAGGUUGUGUGCACUCUCAACUAUCGAUAGCUGUUAGAAUGCUAUGCAUUAAGGCCGAGGAAAACCAAUCACAGGAGUCAUUUAAGCAGUGGGCCACCUUAAUUAGGGAAAUUUCUCCUGAGGGUAGUGCCAUACCUAGGGAUUACUAUGAGGCUAAGAAGUUAGUGCAAAAACUUGGAUUGAAGGCAAUCAAAAUAGAUUGUUGCUCAAACAAUUGCAUGUUGUAUCAAAAAGACGAUGCUGCUCUAACUAGGUGCAAGUUUUGUGAAGCACCUAGAUUCAAGCCUAUUUCCGAUGGUAGUUGUAAGUCCAAGAGAGUUCCUGUCAAACGGAUGCACUACUUACCCUUAAUCCCUAGACUUCGAAGGCUUUACGCGUCAAUGAGUUCAGCUCCGCACAUGACGUGGCAUAUAAAAAACCAACGGGAUGAUGGCGUGAUGACCCAUCCAUCACAUGGGGAGGCAUGGAAAGGCUUUGACCGUAUCCACUUUGAUUUUGCUUUGGAGUCUAGAAAUAUUAGGUUAGAUCUUUGCUCUGAUGGGUUUACCCCAAAUAUCCAAUUUAGCAAGCCUUAUUCUUGUUGGCCCGUAAUUGUUAUUCCAUACAAUUUACCUCCUGGAAUGUGUAUGAAAGAUCCCUAUUUGUUCUUGACUUGCUUAAUACCUGGUCCUAAUAACCCUAAAGCCAACAUUGAUGUAUUCUUGGGACCCUUGAUUGAUGAAUUAAAUGAGUUGUGGAAUCCUGGUGUUUUGACAUAUGAUAUUGUAGAAAAGAAGAAUUUCGUCUUAAAGGCAGCAUUGAUGUGGACUAUCAAUGAUUUUCCAGCUUAUGGGAUGUUGUCUGGGUGGAUGACACAAGGAAGAUUGUCAUGUCCUAUUUGCAUGGAGGAUACCAAGUCUUUUACACUAUCACAUGGAGGCAAGGCAUCAUGGUUUGAUUGUCAUCGGAGGUUUUUGCCGAUAAACCACCCUUAUAGGCGCAAUAAGAAUGACUUUAGGAAGAAUAAAAUAGAAAGUGAAGAGGCUCCUACCAGAUUAAGUGGUUUGGAGAUUUGGCAAAGGAUUAAAGGACUCGAGAAGAUAUCAGAUAAUGGAAAGUGGAUCAAAUCGCGAGAGUAUGGUAUUACUCACAAUUGGACUAAGCAAAGUGUGUUUUGGGAGUUACCUUAUUGGAAGGAUAACCUGGUCCGUCACUGUCUUGAUGUAAUGCACAUAGAGAAGAAUGUGCUUGAUAACAUAAUGAAUACUGUUAUGGACACUGAUAGAACUAAAGACAAUGAAAAGGCUAGGUUAGACCUGGCUGAAUUAUGCAAGCGUCCAGAUUUACAUUUGCGGCAUGUCGGUGAUAAUUGUUGGUCCAAACCUAAGGCAGCUUAUACUUUAACUUCUGAACAACAACAAGACGUGUAUAGGUGGGUGCAACAACUUAGAUUUCCAGAUGGUUAUGCAUCUAACCUUGCUAGAUGUGUAAGUCUUUCCCAGGGGAGGUUUAUUGGUAUGAAGAGCCAUGAUUGUCACAUUUUUAUGCAGUGCUUGCUUCCAACUGCAUUCAGAGAACUACCUACAAAUAUAUGGAAGCCUCUUACCGAGUUAAGCCAGUUUUUCAAAGACUUGUGCUCAACCACUCUCAAGGUUCAUGAUUUAGAGGUUAUGGAGUAAAAUAUUCCCAUUAUCCUUUGCAAGUUAGAAAGGAUAUUUCCCCCGGGAUUCUUUAAUGUGAUGGAGCAUUUGCCAAUUUAUCUAGCAUAUGAGGCACGUGUGUGUGGACCUGUCCAAUAUAGGUGGAUGUAUCCGUUUGAAUGGGUGAUAGGAGCUUUCAAGCGAACAGUGAAAAAUAGAGCAAGGGUUGAAGGUUCGAUUUGUGAGGCUUUCUUGGCAAAGGAGACUUCAAGUUUUGUUUCUUUCUACUUUGAACCACAUAUCUUAUCGAGGCGAACCCGUGUGGGAAGAAAUGAUGACGGCGGAGACACAAUUAAAGCCUCUUUAUCAAUAUUUAAUAGACCUGGUCGCAAGGUUGGAAAAGCUAAAGAUCAUUGGUUAGAUGAACGAGACAAGGCCGCAGCUCAUUUGCAUAUUCUACUCAAUGAAAGCAAAGUUAGCCCUUUCUAUAUGUUUUGGAAAGAAACUUGUCCUGGAGAAAGCGAUGACCGAUUUCCCCCUUGGUUUGCAUCAUAUGUAAGUGCAUAAAUUUGUAUCAUUUAUUUUAAAAGUUUCUAACUAAAGAUUUGCAUCACAUAUCACUUCUAUUAAAUAACUUGUUGCAUGUUUCUAACUAGGUUCAAAAUCAAUGCAAUGAAAUUGUUGAUCCGGGUUUGCAAUCACUUUCUUGGGGUCCUUCAAACAAAGCAACAAGUUAUCCAAUUUAUAAAGUAAAUGGAUAUACAUUUCAUACCCUUGCAAGGUCAAAAGGAA